AUGGUAUACGUAUUCUAUAUAAACGAUUUAUCACUUGCUCCACCAUUGAUGCAUAAUCCAUCGACUCCAAGUGGUGGAUUUCCCUGGUAUAUGCCAUCAGUAUUUUCACCCUGGGUAUCACCGGCAAAUGCUUCUAAAAUACCAGCGCCUCUUCAAGCUGCAUUAUUAUCACAAUAUAUGGGGCUACCUUUAUCAUCAUUAAAUUCACUCCUUCCUGUCGGUUUUAAUUCAACUGGUGUGUUAGCUCACUCGCAGAUUCAACAUCAGCCACAGCAACAACAACAGCAGCAACAUCAACGUGAUCAACUUAAUUCACAGCUUCAGCAAAUUCAUCCGCUUCUUAUGGAUGUUCAGAAUAUUCCACAAAAUUUAAGUUCAAAACAUGAUCGUGAUGAUGAUUCGACAUCUUCUGAAGAUGAAAUAAGAAGGCAGAGUGCACAAGUACUUAGAGUUAAAGCUGAAGAAGUUAUUCGUAAAUCGGGAAAUUAG